GGUCGCAGCCGGCUGGCGGCCGGGAGCCGGAGACGCGGCGCGCGCAGCCUCGGGCCGGCCCCGCCCCCGGCGGCGGACCCCGCGCGCUGAUUGGCCCGCGCCGGCCUCGCUCCGGGUUGGCGGGAGGUCUCCAGGCGGGGCUUGCGGCUGUGUAGCGACCAGCGAGCAACCGUCUGAGGUCCGAGAGCGUCUGCGGGAGGCCGGCCUGUGGCCUCGGCCCCGCUCCUCAGCCCCAGGUUUCGGCAGAUUGUAAGGCUGCUCUUGCUUCAGGAAAAAAGAUGCAGAUGAGGCCUCCAGCUGUCUCCCAGAUGAGGAAUCUUGGGAAACCAAAAUGAGGCAUAAUCAGCUGUGUUGUGAGACACCACCUACUGUCACUGUUCAUGUAAAAUCAGGGUCAAAUAGAUCACAUCAGCCUAAAAAAACUGUUAAUCUGAAGCGUCCUAUUUUUAAAGAUAGUUGGCCAGCAUCUGAAAAAAAUGCACAUAAUAGCAAAAAGUCUAAACGCCCCAAAGGACCCUGUCUAGUUAUACAGCGUCAGGAAAUGACUGCUUUCUUUAAAUUAUUUGAUGAUGACUUAAUUCAAGAUUUCUUGUGGAUGGACUGCUGCUGUAAGAUUGCAGACAAGUAUCUUUUGGCUAUGACCUUUGUUUAUUUCAAGAGGGCUAAAUUUACUAUAAAUGAGCAUACCAGGAUAAAUUUCUUUACUGCUCUGUAUCUGGCUAAUACAGUUGAAGAAGAUGAAGAAGAAUCCAAAUAUGAAAUUUUUCCAUGGGCUUUAGGGAAAAACUGGAGAAAAUUGUUCCCUAAUUUCUUAAAGUUAAGGGACCAACUCUGGGAUAGAAUUGACUAUAGGGCUAUUGUAAGCAGGCGAUGCUGUGAGGAGGUUAUGGCCAUUGCUCCAACCCAUUAUAUAUGGCAACGAGAACGCUCUGUGCAUCACAGUGGAGCUGUUAGAAACUACAACAGAGAUGAAAUUCAACUGCCCCGGGGACCUAGUGCCACACCGGUGGAUUGUUCACUCUGUGGUAAAAAAGGAAGAUAUGUUAGACUGGGAUUGUCUUCAUCAUCUUCAUCCAGUGAUACAGUAGAGGUGAUGGAUAAACAUUCUCAGGACUCACACAACUCAUUCUCAAUGGACAUGGUAGUUGAUACUUCUCAAGCUUAUAGCUGUUCUCAAGCCAAUGACCAUCAAUCAAACAAAGAAAAGAAAACUAAUUUCAUGGAGAAAGAUAAAUCUAUGGAGUGGUUUACAGGAAGUGAAGAAUGAGAUGGCUCAACUAAACCAAUGUGGA